GCAGACACUUGACAUCCGCAUAAAAUGGCUUGAGUGCUGUUUUAUUCAAUAACAUUUAUAAAAAUGGAUUUGUGCAAAAUAAAAACAUCCAUGUCGUUUUCACCUCAUCAAAACUCCUUCUAAAAGUACCACCACGACACCAUAUCGUAACGGAUCUUCCGCCCAGUCGAAUGGAGGGUGGGAGGAGGCAAUUGCGUCUGCUGGGUCGACUACUGGGGAAACUGCGCAGCGGUAACAACACGUUUGAAAAACGGCUUUCUACUUCUAGCGGGGUUAUGUUCCCAAGUACCAUCAGCAACAGCGAGAGCACGAUGACCGACGACGAAGACGCAGUGCCCUCUGUUACGUCCUCACGGAAAACCCUUGGCGCUAAGAUCGAUUUGAGAUACAGCGGGCAAUGCCUGACGCCGGAGCAACUACCCGAAUUCUGCAACCAACUACACCAUCUGGUCGAGGUGAUAAGAAACAUCCAGUCUUAUGGGAAAAUCACUGGUGAAUAUCCAAGUGAACUUGAGAAGCGUUUAGAAAAGGAGGCGCGCGAACUUGCCGCGCUGGCGGCGGAGGCGCGUAACGCACGCGACGUGGUGACGCGUACGCGCGCCCAGCGCCGCGCUGUUCGCGCACAGAAGAAGCAGCUCGUCGCGCACCUCACCAGCCUCAAGGAAACUGAAACACGCGAACUGGAGAAUACCAUUCGACUGGCGGACCGAAAAUUUUAUUUGAGUUGGGAAGCCCUCAAAGAUUCUACCGACCCGACUGCCUUGGACCCUUUGUUGGAAGAAGUUAAGACCAAACAAAUAGCUUUGGAUAACCUGGUGCGUCUGAUAGAGUGCCGGCGUUCGUCCCUAACUCGAAGCGCCUCACCGCCUACGCUGUUCGCAGGAGCCGAUAAGUCAGAUGGUUCGUACAGAAAACCCACUGGCCUAAUACCGACACGCGACCAGGCGAGACCAGCUCCUUCAAUGGAAGCGACCGACGACCAGUCGAGUGCCGCAGGCAAGAAGCGUUUCGACGGUUCCAAACGGGCCUUCAAAAGAAAGCGGGCGCGCGAGCCGCGUUCGGUGCCUCUCUCGGGCGAGCCUAGCAGACAUGAGCCGCAGCAACAGGAUUCUGAGAGCACCCGCUACAGUGUGGGCAGCGCCGCGGCGGUGGCGCUGCCGCCCGUCGAACUGCCUUCCCGCGGAAGCUACCGGGAUAUUAUCUUCUUCACGGUCAACUGAUAAGAAUCUUGAAUAAAACAGUUAAAUGUC